AUGUCCUCCCAAAGUCACCUACCCUCGGUGACGACCAAGACCGUCCCUGGUCCUGCCCCAAAUGGCAUGGGCAAUGGCCUCUUCGCCACCACCGACAUCAAGGUUGGAGAGGAUGUUGUGCAUGCGAAAGUGCCGUUUGUGGCGGUUCUUGACAAGCCGCGCCUGGAUGAUACAUGCUCCGCUUGCUUUGGGAAGAGGCAGAUGGAGACUGGGACUGAGUUGAAGGCUUGUACUGGAUGUCGAAUUGUCAAGUAUUGUGAUCGGACUUGUCAAGCUAAAGAUUGGAAAUUUGCUCAUUCUUUGGAAUGCUCUGUCUUCCAGAAGCUCAAGCCCCAGGUGUUGCCCAAUAAUGCACGGGCUCUCCUACGGAUGGUUCUCCGCACCUGGAAGGGGAAAUAUACUACCCAGGAGCUUGGAGUCUUUACCAAUCUUGAGACGCAUAUUCAAGAUAUUCAGGAGAGCCAAGCUCAUCUGGACCGGCUCAAUCUCACGUCCAAGGCUGUCAAAAGUUACUCGGAAACGAAUAUGACCCAGGAAGCCAUCAUGGCCUAUGCGGCGAGAUUGGAUAUUAACUCGUUCAAUCUUACUACGGCCAUGUAUGACCGCAUCGGACUCUACUUGCAUCCUUAUGCCGCUCUGAUCAACCACAGCUGUGACUACAACGCCACAGUUGGGUUCGACGGAGAAGAGCUUUUCGUCAAGGCCAUUCGACCCAUCAAAAAGGAUGAGCAAAUCUUCAUCUCCUACAUCGACACCACAACCCCGAACGAAGUCCGCCGCAAGGAACUGUCCGAACGAUUCUUCUUCGACUGCAAGUGCACAAAAUGUACCAAAGGCACCGACACCCCCGAAGACAAAUUCACCACAACCCCCAAGGACCCAUCCACCCUCGAAACUGCAGAAAAACAAGCCCUAGAACUCCUACAAGAAGUAACAAAAUCCGACCUAAACCCCGAGGAAGAAAUCAAAAAAAUGGAAUCCGCCAUGCAGAUCCUCAAACAAACAUCCAAUUGGCCCUUAACUCGCCAACCCUACCCAGCCCUACGAGACCAACUCAUUCUCUCCCUCCUCUCCAUCAACAAUUUCAGCAAAGCUUUCCUCCACACCGCAAUCCGAUAUCUCCGCAUCGACCCCGUCCUUUUCAGUCCCGCCCAUCCGAUCCGGCAACUCCACGCUUGGGUCCUAGCUAAACUGGCUAUCUAUCUCUCGCAGGAGGGAUUUGAGAGUAAUUCCAAGGAAGCUUCGUUGAUACAGCAAUCAGAACUGAAUUUCCACUACGUUCUGUGGUAUAUUCUUGCUGACCUUGCUAGUCGCCAGGGGGAGAGUUGUACGGUUCCUAGUUUUAAGAGACUUGUGGGAGCUAAUUUUGCCCAAGUUCAUAAUGAAUUUAAAGCGAAUGGGAUGGAUCCUAGUACGUCUAAGGCUGUUGUUAGUGCGGAGUGGAAAAAGUUGGAGAGAUUGGUUCAGGUAGCACUGGAUCAAGAAUAG